CACUGUCAGUCUGUCACACACCUCUGAACUCGACCAACCGCAUCAUCUCCAUGGACGCGGUGGAGUCCUCGUCGCCCUACUCGCCGCUCUCGCUACGCCACAAGCUGCGGACCACCUUCUGCGGCUGCUUCGGCUCGCCGUCGUCGCCGGGCAGCGGCGCCGGCGCGGAGAGGCCGCACAGCAGCGUUGGCAGGGUCAGGUGGAGGCGACGCAAGGCCGCCACGGGGGACUUGUACGACCCGCUCAGCUACGCGCUCAACUUCGAUGAGGGCGGCAGCGGCAGCGGCAGCGACGACGGCAACCGGGACGCGGAGGACGCCGCCUUCCGGUACCGGAACUUCAACUCGCGCCUGCCGCCCUCGCUGACACCGGCCGCCAGACGUCUCGCUACGAGUGAUUGACAAAAAACUACCACUUUAAGGGUUUGCGUUUCACAGAACUACCACUUUAAAAAAAUGACCGAAAACUACCAAAAUUUUGUAAUUUCGUGACUAAAAACUACCACUUUCAGAUAAUGUCCAGUUUAUACGAUUUAAAC